UCCUCCUCCUCUUCCCCUUCCGGUUCCCCCCAGGGCCCAAGGUGGGGUCUUGGAGGCCGCAGUGGGGCCUGCCUUCCGAUCCCCAGGAGCCCCUUCGCAGCCCCCGGGCCCUCCUUCCUUGGUGGAGGGGGGUCCCCAGGGGAGUCUGCUUGGGUCCGACGGAGGAUGCUGCCAGUGGGGCCCCUGGGCGGGUGCCUGGCACUGCUGGCCUGCUCCUGGCUGGGGCUGGCUCCCGAGGCAGGGCAGGCAGGCUCUCUUUCAGCACCACUGGCUCCGGGGACAGCUCCGCCUGGGCCCCCACUUUCCUCUACCUGGUCUCCUUGGUCCUCGUGCCAAGGCCCCCGGCCCAGGCUUGGGUUUGGCAGGAAUUUCCGGAGCCCACCCCCAAAGACCAGCCCUGCUCCUGGGCCGAAGGGUUCCCUCUCUCCCUCUGGUGCCAAGCGGAGGAGGCGAAGGGAAGGACCGGGGGCCCCCUUGCCCAGGACCCGCAGGGCCCCCAACCGGCACCCGGCCUUCGCCCAGUACAACUACCAGGUGCAAGUGUCAGAGAACCAGCCCCCGGGGACCCCUGUCAUCACCAUGGUGGCCCAAGACCCAGACUCUGGGGAGGCUGGGAGGUUGCUGUAUUCCAUGGACGCCCUGAUGAACAGCCGCUCCCUGGAGCUCUUCAGCAUCGACGCCCAAAACGGCCUCAUCAGCACCACCGAGGCCCUGGACCGGGAGAUCAUGGAGCUCCACUACUUCCGCGUCACAGCCGUGGACCACGGCCUCCCCCGCCUCUCCUCCACCACCAUGGUGGCCGUCACGGUGACUGAUCGGAAUGACCACGAUCCAGUCUUUGAGCAGGGCGAGUACCGGGAGACCAUCCGAGAGAACGUGGAGGAAGGCUACCCCAUCUUGCAGCUGAGGGCCACCGACGGGGACUCACCACCCAACGCCAACAUCCGCUACCGUUUUGUCAAUGAGAGAGCGGCCCAUGCAGCAUUCGAGAUCGACCCGCGGUCGGGACUCAUCACCACGAGCGGGCUGGUGGACAGGGAGAAGAUGGAGAGGUACUCUCUGGUGGUGGAGGCAAACGACCAAGGCAAGGAGCCCGGCCCUCGCUCCGCCACCGUUCGAGUCUACAUCACAGUCCUGGAUGAGAACGACAAUGUCCCACAGUUCAGCGAGAAGCGGUAUAUCGUCCAAGUCAGAGAGGAUAUCAGGCCCCACUCGGAAAUUCUGAAGGUUACCGCCACCGACUUGGACAAAGAUAACAAUGCUUUGGUUCAUUACAACAUCAUCAGUGGGAACAGCCGGGGACAGUUUUCCAUUGACAGCGUGACCGGAGAAAUCCAAGUCGUGGCUCCUUUGGAUUUUGAAGUGGAGCGAGAAUAUGCCCUGAGGAUCCGGGCCCAGGAUGCGGGGCGGCCUCCUCUGUCCAACAACACGGGCAUGGUCAGCGUCCAAGUUGUGGACAUCAAUGAUCACGCCCCCAUUUUUGUCAGCACUCCUUUUCAAAUAUCUGUGUUGGAAAAUGCCCCUUUUGGCCACUCGGUGAUCCACAUCCAGGCUGUGGAUGCAGAUUAUGGAGAGAAUGCCCGCCUAGAGUACAAGCUGUCUGGGGUCUCCUCCGACACGCCCUUUGUGGUGAACAGUGCCACCGGAUGGAUUACUGUGAGUGGCCCCUUGGACCGGGAAACUGUGGAGCACUAUUUCUUUGGAGUAGAGGCCCGAGACCAUGGCUCCCCCUCUCUGUCAGCUUCUGCUAGUGUCACCAUUACUAUCAUGGAUGUGAAUGAUAAUCGGCCUGAAUUUACCCAGAAAGAGUAUUUCAUCCGCCUCAAUGAAGAUGCUGCUGUAGGGACCAGCGUCCUCAGUGUCACAGCAAUUGACAGGGAUGUGAACAGUGCCAUCAGCUACCAGAUAACAGGGGGGAACACACGGAACCGUUUUGCCAUUAGUACUCAGGGGGGAGUGGGACUAAUCACCCUUUCUUUGCCCCUGGAUUACAAACAAGAGAGGCGCUUUGUGCUCACAGUCACGGCCUCUGACCGAACUCUACAUGACAACUGCCAUGUCCACGUCAACAUUACUGAUGCCAACACUCACAGGCCAGUCUUUCAGAGUGCCCAUUAUUCAGUAAGUGUGAACGAGGACCGUCCUGUAGGAAGCACAGUGGUUGUGAUCAGUGCCACCGAUGAUGACGUUGGGGAGAAUGCCCGGAUAACCUACUACCUGGAGGACAAUAUUCCUCAGUUUCGCAUUGAUGCCAACACUGGUGCCAUCACUUUGCAGGCUGAACUGGAUUAUGAAGACCAGGUGACCUACACGCUGGCCAUUACAGCCAAAGAUAAUGGGAUCCCUCAGAAGGCAGACACAACCUAUGUUGAAAUCAUGAUCAAUGAUGUCAAUGACAAUGCCCCACAGUUUGUUAGUGCUCAUUACCAAGGCAUCAUAUCUGAGGACAGCCCUCCCUACACAAGUGUGCUCCAGAUCUCAGCCACUGAUCGAGAUGCCCAUGCCAAUGGACGAGUGCAGUAUACUUUCCAGAAUGGAGAGGAUGGGGAUGGGGAUUUCACAAUAGAACCCACCUCUGGGAUUAUUCGCACGGACCGCAGGCUGGACCGGGAGAGCAUCCCAGUCUACGAACUGACUGCUUAUGCUGUGGAUAGAGGGAUUCCUCCUCAAAGAACACCUGUACACAUUCAAGUCACUGUGCAGGAUGUGAAUGACAAUGCACCUGUUUUCCCGGCUGAGGAGUUUGAGGUCCUAGUGAAGGAAAAUAGUAUUGUGGGCUCUGUUGUGGCCCAGAUAACAGCUGUUGACCCCGAUGAGGGACCAAAUGCACAGAUCAUGUACCAGAUUGUGGAAGGCAACAUCCCAGAGAUUUUCCAGAUGGACAUCUUUUCAGGUGAGCUCACUGCUCUAAUUGACUUGGACUAUGAGACAAAGUCAGAGUAUGUCAUCGUUGUCCAGGCCACUUCGGCACCUCUUGUCAGCAGAGCCACAGUCCACAUCAAGCUCAUUGACCAGAAUGAUAACAGCCCCAUUCUUAAAAAUUUCCAGAUCCUCUUUAACAACUACAUCUCCAACAAAUCCAACACCUUCCCUUCGGGGGUUAUAGGGAAGAUCCCCGCCUAUGACCCAGAUGUGUCUGACAGACUGUUCUACACUUUUGAACGAGGGAAUGAGCUGCACUUGUUGAUCAUCAAUCAGACUAGUGGGGACCUCAGGCUGAACCGGAAGCUAGACAACAAUCGUUCCUUGGUGGCAUCCAUGCUAGUGACUGUCACAGAUGGGAUCCACAGCGUGACAGCCCAGUGUGUUCUGCAUGUCAUCAUCAUUACAGAGGACAUGUUAGCCAACAGCAUCACUGUACGCCUGGAGAAUAUGUGGCAGGAGCGUUUCCUCUCACCCCUUCUGGCCAACUUCUUGGAAGGUGUGGCCACUGUGCUGGCCACGCCCAAGGAAGACGUUUUCAUCUUCAACAUCCAGAAUGACACAGAUGUUGGAGGCCAAGUGCUGAAUGUCAGUUUCUCUGCCAUGGCCCCCCGUAGUGGCCAUUUCUUCAGUUCAGAAGAGCUUCAGGAACAGCUGUACAUGAAGCGCAUGACCCUGACCUCAGUUUCCAUGCUGGAGGUGCUGCCCUUUGAUGACAACGUUUGCCUUCGGGAACCCUGCCAGAACUACAUGAAAUGCAUCUCCGUGCUCAAGUUUGACAGCUCCGCUCCCUUCAUUGCCUCUCUUUCCACCCUCUUCCGUCCCAUCCACCCCAUCACAGGCUUGCGCUGCCGCUGCCCUCAAGGCUUCACAGGUGACUACUGUGAAAUGGAGAUCAACCUCUGUUACUCCAACCCCUGCCAUAAUGGUGGUGUCUGUACGCGCAAGGAAGGUGGUUAUACCUGCAUCUGCCGCCAGCACUUCACAGGUGACAACUGUGAGGUGGAUAGUCGGGCAGGACGCUGUGUUCCUGGUGUGUGUAGAAAUGGAGGCACCUGCACCAACUCAGCAGAUGGUGGUUUCCAGUGCCAGUGUCCUCCUGGGGGCUUUGAAAAGCCUUACUGUGAAGUAUCCACACGUUCCUUCCCCCCAAAAUCUUUCAUCAUGUUUCGAGGACUGCGUCAGAGGUUCCACUUGACACUCUCUCUCUCAUUCGCCACCUUGGAGCAUGGUGGCCUCCUAAUCUAUAAUGGACGUCUAAAUGAAAAGCAUGACUUCCUGGCUGUAGAGAUUGUGGAUGAGCAGGUUCAGCUGAAGUACUCCACAGGUGAGUCAAGCACCAUUGUCACUCCCUAUGUGCCAGGAGGUGUGAGUGAUGGACAAUGGCAUACAGUGCAGCUUCACUAUUACAACAAGCCCAAGAUCAGCUCCUUGGGCUCAGUGCAAGGACCUUCCAAAGAAAAAGUGGCCAUCCUAAUAGUGGACAAAUGUGAUGCAUCUGUGGCACUGCAGUUUGGAAGUGAGAUUGGGAACUACACCUGUGCAGCAGAGGGGGUGCAGUCCAGUUCCAAAAAAUCACUGGACCUCACUGGGCCUUUGCUCCUUGGAGGGGUCCCCAAUCUGCCUGAGAAUUUUCCUGUUGAGCACAGGGAAUUUGUGGGGUGCAUGAGAGAUCUGUACAUUGACAGUAAACACAUUGACCUGGCUUCCUACAUUGCAAACAAUGGGACCUCCACAGGUUGCCAUGCUAAGCAUUCCUUCUGUGAUUCAAAUCCUUGCAAGAACAGUGGUACCUGCAUUGUUGGCUGGUCAUCCUUCACUUGCAAGUGUCCAGUAGGCUUUGGAGGCAAAGACUGCAGACACGCUAUGCAUCAUCCUCACCAUUUCCAUGGCAACAGCAUUCUUUUCUGGGAUUUCAAGAAUGAGGUGAAGAUCUCCACUCCUUGGUAUAUGGGCCUGGCAUUCCGGACACGCCAAUUGAAUGGAGUGUUACUUCAGGCCCAUGCUGGCCAGUACAUCACCAUACGCUGCCAGCUGGACUCUGGGCUGCUCUCCUUCAUGGUGAACAGGGGUUCUGGACGUACCACAAAACUCCUUCUGGAUCAGAUGCAGCUAAAUGAUGGAGCAUGGCAUGACCUUCAGCUGCAGCUACAGGACAGACGCAGUGGUCCAGAUGCUCGUUACAUCAUCACCCUCAAUCUGGAUUUUGGAUCCUACCAGGACACUGUAGUUGUUGGCAAUGAGCUGCAUGGCUUGAAGGUGAAGCAUCUCCAUGUUGGGGGAAUCCUAGAGUCUGGUAAAGUGCAUCAUGGUUUCACAGGCUGUAUCCAGGGAGUACGCCUGGGUGAAACAUCCGCUGGGACUGCCUUACCUAAGCCCAGCAGCACUUUGAACGUGGAGGCAGGAUGUACAGUGCCCAACCCUUGUGAUUCCAAUCCUUGUCCCACCAACAGUAUAUGUCAGGACAAGUGGCAAAGCUACUCUUGUGUAUGCCAGCCAGGGUAUUAUGGCGGGACCUGUGUUGAUGCCUGUCAUCUGAAUCCCUGCAAAAACAAGUCAAUGUGUCGGAGGAAGCCUUCUGCUCCCCACGGCUAUGUCUGUGAGUGUGGAGAAAAUCACUUUGGGCAGUAUUGUGAGCACAGGAUGGAUCAACAGUGUCCCAAGGGCUGGUGGGGGAAUCCAACAUGUGGGCCUUGCAACUGUGAUGCAGCCAAGGGAUUUGACCCAGACUGUAAUAAAACCAACGGUCAAUGUCACUGUAAGGAAUUCCAUUAUCAUCCCAAAGGGAGCGAUGCUUGCCUUCCAUGUGACUGCUACCCGAUUGGCUCCUCUUCACGUUCCUGUGAUCAGGAGACAGGCCAGUGCCACUGCAGACCAGGCGUGAUUGGAAGACAGUGUAACAGCUGUGACAGCCCCUUUGCAGAAGUGACUUCCAGUGGCUGCCAAGUACUCUAUGAUGCCUGUCCUAAGUCUCUGAAAGCUGGAGUGUGGUGGCCUCAAACCAAGUUUGGCUUACCAGCUGUAGUGCCUUGUCCCAAAGGUUCACUGGGUGCAGCCAUCCGACAGUGCAGUGAGGAAAGAGGCUGGCUGGAACCAGAUCUGUUCAACUGCACUUCACCAUCCUUCAAGGAGCUCUCAGCCUUGCUGGAGGGUCUGGAAAGAAAUGAGACAGAAUUGAACACCAUAGAAGCCAAGAAGCUGGCCCACCAGCUACGAGCAGUGACAGAUGAGAUGGAACGCUACUUUGGCAAUGAUGUUCAUAUCACCUAUCGCUUGCUCUCCUACUUGAUGGCAUUUGAGAGCAGGCAGCAUGGCUUUGGUCUGACAGCCACCCAGGAUGCCCAUUUCAAUGAGAACUUGUUGCGAGCUGGUAGCUCAGUGCUGACCUUAGAGAACCAUGAGCACUGGGACACAUUGCUGCAGAACAGUCAUGGCAGUGCAGGUCUGAUGGAGCAGCUGAGAGAGUAUACAAGCACCCUGGCUAGCAACAUGAAACUCACCUACCUCAAUCCAGUUGGUGUGGUGACCCCCAAUAUUGUGCUCAGUAUUGACCGUAUGGAGAACCACACCCACUUUAGGAGGCGCUACCCUCGCUAUCACAGCAUGCUCUUCCGUGGCCAGUCUAUGUGGGACCCACACACCCAUGUAGUGCUCCCCCUCUCAGUCCUUACAGCCCACAAAAUAGAAGCACCAACCAUGGCAGCUUCUGUACCAGCAAACAGUGAAACCAAUGACACUGUAAAAAGUUCCCCUCCAAAGCACUCCCUUCCAGAACCUGAGCCUGCUGUAACCAUCCUCAUCCUCAUCAUUUACCGCACCCUUGGAGGACUACUGCCUGCUCGUUACCAGGUGGAUCGACGCAAUCUGAGGCUGCCCAAAAAUCCUGUUAUGAAUUCCCCCAUAGUGAGUGUGUCAGUGUUCAGCAACCAUACUUUUCUCCAGAGCACUUUGGAGAUGCCAUUAGUGCUAGAAUUCCGCCUGCUUGAGACAGCCAACCGCAGCAAGCCCCUCUGUGUUCAGUGGAAUCGUUCUAGCCAGCUUGAACCCCCAGGCUUCUGGACAGCACGGGAUUGUGAUCUUGUGUACCGAAACACCACACAUGUCCGCUGCCACUGCUCCCAGUUUGGCACUUUUGGGGUCCUGAUGGACAGCUCCCACCGAGAGCAGCUGGAAGGUGACCUGGAGACCUUGGCCAUUGUCACCUAUUCCUUGGUGUCCUUUUCCCUUCUGUGCUUACUGCUGACAUUCUCCUUCCUGAUCUGCCUGAAAGGUCUCAAGUCCAACACUCGAGGCAUUCACUGCAACAUCUCUGUCACUCUCUUCUUCUCUGAGCUGCUCUUCCUCGUGGGUAUCAGUCAUACUGAAAAUCAGUUCUUUUGCACUGUGAUUGCCAUCUUGCUGCACUAUUUCUUCCUCUCAACUUUUGCUUGGCUCUUUGUGCAAGGCCUACAUAUUUACCGCAUGCAGACUGAAGCUCGCAACAUCAACUAUGGGGCUAUGAGGUUCUAUUAUGCCAUUGGUUGGGGGGUCCCUGCCAUCAUUACAGGGUUAUCAGUUGGCUUGGAUCCAGAGGGUUAUGGGAACCCAGAUUUCUGCUGGAUUUCCAUCCAUGAUAAACUGAUUUGGAGUUUUGCAGGGCCUAUUGUUGUUGUCAUUGUGAUGAAUGGGGUGAUGUUUCUGCUGGUGGCAAAGAUGCUGUGCUUACCAGGUCAGAAGGAAGCCAAGAAGAAAUCUGUUCUCAUGACACUGCGAAGCUCCUUCGUUCUGCUUCUAGUUAUUAGUACUGCUUGGCUCUUUGGCCUCUUGGCUGUCAACAACAGUGUCCUGGCUUUCCACUAUCUCUACACUAUCCUCUGCAGCCUUCAGGGUUUGGCAGUACUGGGUCUGUUCUGUGUGCUGAACAAAGAAGUACAGGAAGCGUGGAAAUCAGCCUGUCUUGGCAAGAAGGGUCAGGGCGAGGAAGCUACUAGAAGUGGUCAGGGGCCCAAUGCCUACAACAACACAGCCCUCUUUGAGGAGAGUGGUCUCAUUCGUAUCACCCUGGGAGCCUCUACUAUCUCUUCUGUCAGCAGUGUGCGCUCAGCCCGAACCCAUUCUAGUCAGCGAGGCUACCUCAGAGAUAACAUGAUGACACAUCAAGGCUCAGCUCUGGAUCACAAUUUGCUGAAUCAUGCUGGUCCCACUGACCUUGACGUAGCCAUGUUCCAUCGUGAUGCAGGACCAGAUCAAGACUCUGAUUCAGACAGUGAUCUCUCCCUCGAUGAGGAACGUAGCCUCUCAAUUCCAUCAUCGGAGAGUGAGGAGAAUGUACAUCUCCGGGGCAGGUUCCAACGCCAGUUUAAAAGGGCAGCACACAGCGAGAGACUCCUUACCAAUCCUUCAAAUACCACCCCCAAAGAUGUAGAUGGCAAUGACUUGAUGUCCUACUGGCCAGCACUGGGCGAAUGUGAAGUUCAUCCCUGCUCCCUCCAAAAAUGGGGCUCAGAGCGGAAACUUGGAUUUGAUGUUAAUAAGGAUGCUGCCAACAACAACCAGCCAGACCUGGCCUUGACCAGUGGGGAUGAGAAUUCCCUCACCCAGACCCACCGACAGAGGAAAGGCAUCCUGAAGAAUCGCCUCCAGUAUCCUCCAGCUUUGCAAGGCCUGUCAUCUGUGGGGAGAAUGACCAAUGACCUUUCCUGGUACAAAACCUCCACCCUGGGCCAUAGGGCUGUUCCUGCUGCUUCUUAUGGCAGGAUCUAUUCGGGUGCAGGCAGUCUUUCUCAACCAGCAAGCCGUUACUCUUCCCGGGAGCAACUUGACAUGCUGAUGAGAAGGCAGAUGUCCAGAGAACAGCUGAGCCGAAAUGAUUCUGGCGAGUGCCUAGAAAUUGUAGGCAGCUGUCAUGGGUCCCGGGAACAGCUGGACACCAUUCUGAACAGGCCAAGAUCAAGGGAGCACUUGGAUACAAUCCUCAGUCGACAUGGGUCUAGAGAGCACCUUGCAAGCAUACCCAGCAGGCAUGGGUCUACAGAAAACCUAGGUGAAAUAUCUACUGGACACAAUCAGAGGAAUCACAGGAACACUCUACCCAGGAGGCAGGGAUCUAGAGACCAUCUAGAUAUUUUGCCUUGUAGAUUUGGGUCACGAGAACACCUAGACUGUGGUGGAGCAGUAAGAGAGAUCUCGAGAGAAUGGCUAAACACUAUGCCUAAUAGACAAGCCUCUAGAGAUCACAUGGACACUUUGCUAAGUCGAGACACUUCUCGAGAACAGUUGGAUCUGCUUUCUAGAAGGCAGCCUUCAAGGGACCAACUAGCAUCAGCUAGACAAACAUCAAGAGAACAGCUGGACUUUUUUUCCAGAAGAUCUAAUUCCAGAGAGCAUCUGGACACAGUGCCUAGCAGGCAGACUCCUCGGGAAAAUCUAGAACCUCUUUCUAGACAGCAGCCUUCUAGAGAAAACCUUGAACUCCUCUCCAGAAGGUCCCCUUCUAGAGAAAAUCUAGAAGCGGUCCCCAGCCGUCACCCCUCUACAGAGCAAUUAGAUAUCCUUUCUUCCAUCCUAGCCUCUUUUAACUCUUCUGUUUUAUCCUCUGUGCAAUCAUCUAGUACUCCCUCAGGCCCACAGACCACACCUUCUGUGGCACAGAUGUCGUCCACACCCUCCAUGCCCUCCAUGCCAUGCCCUUCACCGCCUCGCUCUGCUACUUCGCAUAGUAUUUCCGAGCUGUCACCAGACUCAGAAGUUACAAGAAGUGAAGGUCAUUCCUGAAGAACCCAGCAACUGCUGUAAGAACCAAGGAAAAAGCAGGAAUGAUUGCCAGGCCAGACACUUCCACAGAGGAUUGGGAUGCCUCUGGGUGCCUACAAGCAAAGGACUGCAUCUGACUGGGGCCCCAAAUCAACCGUGGCCUCCCCCAGCACUGAGCAGUGGAGAACUCAAGUGGUGAGAGUCAGGCAAAACACAGACCUGGCUGUGGAAUUAAGGUGUCUCUUGGUCCCUCUGUGCCCCACUGGCCACUCUCCAUGCUCAGAGAGAGAACCCCAAAUUGGGAGGGGGUGAAUUAACCAUACCAUGAACACACACCGCCAUUACAUAUCCAAAACAGACCAAUUGAAAUCUUCCUUUCUGAAACCUUUCUGGACUCUGUGCAAACAUGAAAGUGUGGGGUGGCUGCAGAUGGAAGGUCAGGGGUAGGGUUUUAUACCUUUUUAUAUCUUUGUAAUCAGAGAGAAGAGAAAUUUCUAUGGUUAUUUUUACGGUUCUUCUGUUCCCAUUGCUGUGAUGCUGAACUCAUUUGUCUUGGCAGUGAUAUGUCCAAACAGAGGCAAGAUGCUAUGCAGGCUUCUCCCCAGUAGGGCUUGAGGGCAGGAAAAUGAGGCAGCAGAUACCUCGCCAGCUCUACUCAGAAUACUCCAUAGGCAUAUUCUAUUGUAUACCUAUCGUGUAUCCUGGCAACCAUCUCACUAGAAGAUGGGGAAGGGGAAGAACCAGACACACACACACACACACACACACACAAAAGCACACUACUAACUCAAGCCAAGCAACCUUUAAACAGGCCCUGGAGUCCAUGGACUUUGUCACUUUCUCCAAAUUAAUCUUACCCUCCACCCUGUAUGCAGCUGUAUGAAUGUUUCCACAUACUGACACAACUUUACUGUUUCAACUUGAGAGCCUUCACAUAUUUAUCCUCCGUAUAAGUGUUUCUGAGAUUCGGUGUCUUAGGUUUGGGUUGGCUAAGUUGAGACUGGAGCAGUUUUGCAAACAUGAAUCCAUUUUUCUGAAUUUUGGCACCAUGUGGGGAAAACUUGAUUGUUCUUCCUUUUUUGGAUUGGAUUUGGUUUUCUUCCUUCCUGAUCAAAAAGUUAAAGCUAUGCUCAGUCUUAGGCAGGCUCUGGGGGACACAAGGUCCUCCAAAUGUUGUUGGGCUGCAGCUCCCAUAAGCCUUAUCCAGAAUACCCAGUGAAGAAGGAUGAUAGGAGUUGCAGUUCAACUGUAUCUGAAGGACCACAAAUUCUAGUUUCCCACCUUAUGGUUCCUAUAUUUUGAGGCUGAAUAAGAGUAUGCAUGUGGAAGGCAAUCUUAGAGUUAGAUUGCUUGUUUCUCCCUGUAGAGACAGGACUCUUGUUUUUAAUACUAGUAUGAAUGGUGGGACAGGAUUUGUCCCUUACCAAACAUGCUGAAUUUUUUCAUGUUGUAAAUCCAAAGGUUCGAAAAUCUUUUGGGGCAAAAACAUUGAUGACACUGAAGAGGCACCUGAAGAAUUCUCCUGUUUGCCAAUUUAAGUAUACAGGCUUUCAAAAAACAAUAAUCCAGCUCCUCUAUUAGUCUUGCUUCCACUAAACCCUUCAUGCACGCUUCUUCUGAACCUUGUGAAAGAAUAAGGAAUUUCUGGAAUUCCUCUAAACAUUAGACUUUUGAAAGGGUGCUUGGGCAGCUUCCCUAUAGUGAAGCAUUGCUUGAUACUUAUGCAGCAGUGUGUUGCUAAUAUGAUUCCUUUAUUUAUUUAUUUAUUUCAUUAAAAUAUUUAUAUCCCACCCUAUAUCUGAAGAUCUUAGGACAGUGUACAAUAAAAUUAAUUUACAAUAAUAAAUAACAAUAACUUUUAAAUACUAAGCAUAUAUUAAAUCAUUUAACACUGAAAACCAGACAAUUUAAAACCAGCUAAAAUAGAUUAAAACAAUACCAAGCAUUGUACAUGUUCAAAUUGGAUAAAAUCAAUUUGGCCCCAAAGGUAUCAAUAAAAAGCCAUCUUUUGGAAUGGCACCAGUGUUGGCACCAACUGAGCCUUUGAAGGGAGGGUAUUCCAUAACCAGCAUGCCACAGCAGAGAAACCCCUCUCCCAUGUCCUCCAACGACAUAUUGCUCCCACCAAUGGGACACAGAGGAGGGCCCCUGCAACAGACCUCCGUUCCUGAGCAGGCAUACAUAGGAAGUGCUCCCUCAGGUAUCAAGGUGCCAUGCCAUUUAGGGCUUCUAAUGCUAUCACCAUCUGUUGCAGUUCUUGAUUACUCGGAUAGUGUAUAUGUCAAUCGAUUGCUUACCCCAGUGGUGAUGUUACCCUAACUGAUGUGGGGCAGCGCUCUGACACACUGCCACCACUUUCCCAUCUUUUGUGAGACACUGCCGAGUGAUCCAGCUGACUCUUCUUGACAAUCUUCAGGAGUCAUCACCAGAUCUGCUAGAAGUUAUCUGUGAGUAAUACAGAUCUGCAGUUGACAUGGAUCUAGAAAAACUAUAAACAUAGGCCAAAGACCAUUACCCAGUUAAACAAGAGGGGAAAUUCUCCAUUAACUCCUAUAUUUUAGCAGCUUGUGUCCUGAUGUGCAUAUAUAUUCACAUGGGCUCUGGUGAAAGUCACUUUGAACUUAAACUGCAUUGCUUAUAUUAUUAUUAUUAUUAUUAUUAUUAUUAUUAUUAUUAUUAUUAUUAACUUUAUUUAU